CAAACGGGGAGUCGGAGCGGGUUCGCUUCAUAUAUACUAUACCUAUAGGACCAUUCUAUCUCCGUAGGUACCCAUAGCGAAGUUCACCAUGAUACGAUUCUCACUAGUACAAUCAUCUCCUCUCAAAAGCCUCAUAAGUUUGAGGAGACAUGCGCAUAAUGGAGCCCGACGCCCAAAACUCAUCGCUCAAGAGUAAAUCAGGUGGUAUUAGUGCUGUCGUGGAUGUGAAACCCGCUAUCUCCGAUGAGAUCGGCGAACCUGAGAUACUUACGAAAAGCAAGAUGGAUUCUAAGGAGAGGGCCUUGGUGCGCAAAUUGGACUACUAUAUCAUGCCGACUAUAUGCGUCAUGUACUUCCUGAACUACGUUGACCGCAACGCCAUCGCGCAAGCCCGCCUGAACCAUUUUGAACAUGAUCUCGGUAUGUCGGGUAACGAGUUCAACACGGCAGUCAGCAUUCUCUUCGUCGGAUACGUGCUCAUGCAAGUUCCGAGCAACAUGUUGAUUACACGGACCAAGCCCGGGCUUUACAUGGCCGGGUGGAUGUUCCUCUGGGCGGUAGUUUCCGCCUGUACGGCUGCUGUGAAGAGUUAUGGCGGACUCGUGGCCUGCAGGUUCUUUCUUGGGAUUGCGGAAGCUCCGUUCUACCCGGGUGCUACGUAUAUCCUGGCGAUCUACUAUACGCAUAGUGAGAUGGCCAUGCGGGUCGGUCUCAUGUACUGUGGCCAACUUCUCGCCACCGGGUUUACCGGCCUGAUCUCGGCCGGUGUCUUCGCUGGGAUGGACGGGUUACGAGGCCUUACCGGCUGGCAAUGGCUCUUUGUAAUUGAAGGCUCUUUCACCGCUCUAGUUGCGGUUCUAGGGUUCUGGCUUCUACCAAACACCCCGGAUGAUACGUUUUGGCUGAACGAUGAGGAGCGCAAGUUGAUACGAGCACGCAUAGAGGGCGACAAGAUCAGCGAUGCUCUGAGCAAAUCUAGUGCCUGGGAGGGCCUUAAGGAGGCCUUUAAGGAUAAGAGAACUUGGCUCUUCUGUUUUAUGCAGAUGUUUCAUCUAUCAGCCUGUUCUUUCAAUGCAUUCUUUCCAACGGUUGCGAAGACACUCGGCUACAAUAACACUGUAACAUUAUUAUUGACGUGUCCCCCUUUUAUACUCGCGGGAGCUGGUAGUGUCUUAGUCGGUUGGAGCUCUGGGAGACUGAAUGAGAGGACAUGGCAUAUAACAGUAGCAUUAGCUAUUGCGAUUAUCGGGUUCGUCAUAGCCGCUAGUACACUCAAUACGGCUGCACGUUACGUUGCUUGCUUCAUCUUCCCCGUCGGCGCAUUUUCGGCCAAUUCGGUUGUCGUCGGCUGGGCAUCAUCGACUUUGAGCCAAACAGAAGAGAAAAGAGCGGUCGUCCUUGCGAUAACUAAUGUCUUUGGCCAUAUCGGCUAUAUAUACGGCGCAUACCUGUGGCCCGACACCGACGAACCGCGGUACGGCAUCGGGUUCGGCGCUUCUGCGGGAUUCGCUCUCCUCUCGAUCUGUUGUGCUUGGGUUGUCCGGACGCUACUCAUACGAGAGAAUAGAAGAAUCCUGGCUUCGAAUUCAGAGCGUGUCAACUUGUAUAGCUAUUGAUCUGAGGGAUAUAAGAGUAGUGGCUGAUAUAGACGUUGAUCUUCAAUUGAAAAUGUCUUAGCUCAUAUAUGUAUUAAUACAUAGUAGCAAUGCUAACGAAAGCAUUCUAGAAUAUUUACCUUGGGUACUUAGACCUGAUUGGAUAAUCUCACAUUAAAAUGAAUGAGUAUAAAAAGGGGGGAAAGCGUUGGUAUUAUACAUCUCACUUUAUGCACACCUAACCUAGGUAGGUGCCGUCUCGGUAUGACGCAACUCCGAA